AUGGCACAGCUGUUAAACAACUCCAACAAUGCCAAUCAAAUAUAUGGGAAACGAUACCAGCAGCAUGAGGAGCGUUUCAUGGCACAAGAAGGGGAAAUGCGAAGCCAGAAGGCUUCAAUACAAACCAUUGAGAAUCAAGUCGGCCAAUUGGCCAAGAUGUUGUCUGAAAGACCCCAAGGUAGUCUUCCAGGUAACACAGAACAAAACCCGAGAGGGCACGUUAAUGCAGUAAUGACAAGGAGUGGUAAAACCACGGGACCUGACAAAUCAGACUCACCACCAAUCACUGAGACGGUCCAAACUGAAACUUCGGACGAGGUGCACGCUAGGCGAGUCCCAGCAAGUACAGCACAACCCCAGGAGCCAGUAGCAGAUUACACUCCUCCAGUCCCAUAUCCAAGCAGACUAAAGAAGCAAAAGAAUGAUGAACAAGAUAGUAAGUUUCUAGAAAUGUAUAAACAAUUACAUAUAAACAUACCAUUCUUUGAGGAGUUGGCUCAAAUGCCUAAAUACGCCAGGUUCUUAAAAGACAUCCUCACAAACAAGCAGAAACUUGAAAGCUUGUCUUGUGUGUUGAUGAAUGAAAACUAUUCAGCCCUUCUUCAAAAUCGUCUACCUGAAAAGAUGGGAGAUCCGGGCAGUUUUACUCUUCGCUUUGAAGAAAAGUCAAAACCUUCGGUUGAAGAUCCACCAUCUUUGGAGUUAAAAGAACUCCCACCGCACCUCGAAUAUGCAUUUCUAGACGAGGAGUGUCACUUACCAGUCAUCAUUUCAGUAUCUUUAGCAAAAGAGGAAAAGAGACAGCUUCUCGAGGUUCUAAAGCUUCAUAAGAAAGCCAUGGCGUGGAAGAUUAUGGAUAUCAAAGGCAUUAAUCCUUCUUUUUAUACUCAUAAGAUUCUAAUGGAAGACGAUUACAAGCCUAGUGCACAGCAUCAAAGACCUUUGAAUCCAAAUUUGCAAGACGUGGUGAAGAAAGAAGUAAUCAAGUUGUUAGAUGCAGGGCUGAUUUAUCCUAUAUCCGAUUCUGUUUUGCAUUGCAUGGUAGCCAUUUUCCAUGACAUGAUUGAAGACUCCAUUGAAGUAUUCAUGGAAGAUUUCUCUGUGUUCGGGAGUCCUUUCAAUCAAUGUCUUGGAAAUCUGAAAAGAAUGUUAAUGAGAUGUGAGGAAACUAAUCUUGUGCUAAAUUGGGAGAAGUGCCACUUCAUGGUGAAAGAAGGAGUAAUUCUCGGACACAAAAUCUCUGAAGCCGGGUUGGAAGUCGAUCCAGAAAAAGUGGACAUCAUUUCUAAACUUCCUCCCCCUACCUCGGUCAAUGCAAUUAGAAGUUUCCUGGGUCAUGCAGGGUUCUAUAGGCGAUUCAUAAAAGACUUUUCAAAAAUCACAAGACCUAUGACCCGUUUGUUAGAAAAAGAAGCUCCAUUUGUGUUUUUAGACGAAUGCAUAAAAACAUUCAAACAACUGAAACAGAGGAUUAUUGAAGCCCCUAUUUUAGUUGCACCAGACUGGGUGUUGCCAUUUGAGAUAAUGUACGAUGCCAGUGAUUACGCAAUAGGAGCAGUCUUAAGACAGCGAAGGGAGAAGCAUUUUCGACCUAUUUACUAUGCCAACAAAACUCUACAUGAUGCUCAAGAAAAUUACACGACUACAAAGAAAGAGCUUUUGGCAGUAGUUUAUGCUUUCGACAAAUUCAGGUCGUACCUUGUGUUGUCGAAAACAAUUUUGUAUACUGUCACACCCUGA